CUUGUUGGUCCUCAGUGGCCAAUCAGAAUCCAGGGUGUCUCUCUCUGACACAGCUGAUCGAUGAGUCAGGAGCUUCAGAGAAAAAGGUUCCACUUGUUGCUGAGCAGCAGAGAACAGCUGAUCACUGUCAGAGAACAAGAGAACCAACCAGAGAAGAUCAGAACCAGAGAAGAACAUCUGAACCAGAGAACCUCCUCAGAACCAGAGGACAACAGAACCAGAGAACCUCCUCAGAACCAGAGAUCUUCAGAGCCAGAGAACAUCAGAACCAAAGAACCUCCUCAGAACCGGGGAACAGAAUCAGAUUCGUCUUCACGUCCCGGAGUUUUCCCGCAUCGACUCGUCUCCGGAGCUCCGGAGCAGCAGCCGCCGCCGCCGCCUGGUUCCCGGUGUCAGGAAGUCUGGUUUGAUGUCGGCGUCAGUUCUGCGUCCAUGUCUGUGUGGACGUGUCAGUCUGGUCUGUGGACUCCUCCUCCUCCUCUUGGCCUCGUCACCGCUCCUCGCUGCAGGCAGACUGAGUAACUGCACCCACCCGCUGGUGCCUGAACAUGGAGGUUUCCGCUGCGACCCGUCUCCGUGCCGAGGUUUCCCUCAGAAGAGCUCCAUCCAUUUCUUCUGUGAGCCCGGCUACCACCUCACCAAGACCCGCGUCUCCAGGUGUCGCCAGGGGAGGUGGCAGCCUCCGGUACCUGCCUGCAUCCCCAUCAAGGAGAGUCCUCACAUGAACCCUGAUGACGCAUCCAACGACUCGAUGCCCAGCAUGGCCACGACGGCGGUGGGCGUGUCCAUCUUCCUGCUCACCACGACGGCCUGCCUGGUCGUCAAGUCCCGGCUCUACCCCUGUCAGUCUCACAGCCGUCGUUCCUCGGACCAGCUGGACCUGAUGGUGGACGGACUUCCUGUCUCCCUCCCCUCCUACGAGGAGGCGGUGUACGGAAGCUGGGGCCAGCGCCUCCCCGCCUGCUCCGCACCUGGACCCACCCAGCUCCUAUUGGCCCAGGAGGCUCUGGGCCACCCCCAGUCGGACGGCAGUCACCGCCCCCUGCUCUCCUCCCACAGCCCCGACAACCCCCCACCCCCUUACGAAGCGGUCCAAUCACUAUGUCCCGCAGGCAGGAUGAGUGAGGGGGAGGGUCUGCAGCUUCAUGUCCCUCUGUCAGAUGACAAGGACACUUGAUUGACAGGCUGUCGGCUUCACAUGUGACUGAAUUCCUCCCACGUGGACUGUCGGCUGUGAGAUGAUGAUUUUGAUUGACAGCGACCUGCUGCAGUGUUUCCUCUGCAGAUCACAAACUGAGAACUGACUCCUGAUUGGCUGCAGCUCACCAGCAUCCCACGCUACUUUAGACCAAGCUGAUAAGCUCUGAUUGGCCAGUCGUCACAGAGACCUAACUGAAGAGGACUGUAUAGUGUUGAUUGUACGAAGUGUGUGUGUGUGUGUGUGUGUGUGUGUGUGUGUGUGUGUGUGUGUGUGUGUGUGUGUGUGUGUGUGUGUGUGUGUGUGUGUGUGUGUGUGUGUGUGUGUGUGUGUGUGUGUGUGUGUGUGUGUGUGUGUGUGUGUGUGUGUGUUUUCAGUGUUGUUCUGGAGACGUUGUCCAUCCUUCCCCUCAGUGACGGGGCCGAUCCAGGUUUCCUUCAUGAAGUCAUGUGGUACAGGAACCUGUAGAGUUUCCAUGGAAACCGAGUCUUCUCCAUCUCUCACUGAGACGUUUCUCUGUGCAGCAGCGAUCUGACACCAGCGUGGUGCACGGACACUCUGUGAGACAUGGUGUCGUGAAACAACAGCCUGUUGGGAUGUGGGUUUUUAAAUCAACAUCAAAUUUUUAUGUAAAGCAGAUUUCUUAGGGACUUGAAACCAAACAACAGUGUUCUUAUCAAAUCAAUUAUCCACAUGAGAUUUACUUUAAAAACAAAACAGCCCAGAUUGUGACCAAAUCAACGUGGAACCGACUCGUCAGUGAUCAGACUCUGGUUCCCUGGUUCCCUGGUUCUCUGGUUCUCUGGUUCUCUGGUUCCCUGGUUUCCUGGUUUCCUGAUUCUCUGGUUCCCUGGUUCUAUGGUUCCCUGGUACUAUGGUUCCCUGGUUCCCUGAUUCUCUGGUUCUAUGGUUCCCUGGUUUCCUGGUUCUCUGAUUCCCUGGUUCUCUGGUUCCCUGGUUCUCUGGUUCUAUGGUUCCCUGAUUCUUCCUGGUUCUCUGAUUCCCUGAUUCCCUGGUUCUAUGGUUCCAUGGUUCCCUGGUUCUCUGGUUCCCUGGUUCCCUGGUUCCCUGGUUCUCUCUGUGACUCCUGCAGAGCGACCGACGCCUUCUUAGACCCUGAAUGUAUUUAAAGUUUCAUUCUGUGAUAAAACAAGAAUCUUAACUAUAAUAUGAAUUGUAAUAUUUACAACAUGAUUAUUUGUACAAUGUGCACAGAAUGACAUGAUGAAUAAAUGUGGACAUGUUA